UCAGAAUCUAUUUUUCAUUUAUUCUGAAUGUCAUUCAUACCAUGUCAAAAUUUCAGUAAAUUUCCUUCCCAGAAAUCAUUCCAAAGUCCCCAUGCGAUAACUCUAUUGAUCGAAAAGGUAUCAUAUUCAAUCCUUCAAACUGAAAAACCGCCUGCAACAUGUCGAUAUGUCCGUGCAAUUGCAAGUACCAUAGGAGUAUAGACAUCAAAACUCCACGAAUGGUACCACUAAGUGCGUUCUUCAAAAGGAGUUUCGCCUUUCACUCGGUACGAGAAAGAUUUCCUGUGAUAAUUAAGAGAAUUAUGGAAGAUUUGAUGAAAAGAAGAGACAUUCUUGCUAAACAGUACGGUGAGCCUGUCCGAGAGGAACUGAAGAAAACCGUGGAUGAAUUAGCUGCGUUGAAAUAUGAACUACAGAGUAACCGAGAACUCACCCCUAUCGUAUCGAACGAUCCGGAUGCUGCGAUUUUCAACGAUUAUCUUCAACGAAGAAAAGCAGAGGACGGACAUAGCUCACCCUAUAACACAACCAUACUAUAUGCGGAAGCAUAUCUGUAUCGCAGACUCCGCAUGAUUUUCGAGAAAAAAAAAAUACUUCAGGAUUACGAUUACUUCAAAAAAUUUAAAGAGGAUGCUUUUGACGACGCUAUACCAAUUAUGCGCGAAUUGGCAAUACACAUGGAAGAAGGUUGCGAAUGUAUAUCGGACAAAGAUGCUAUAUUUGACUUAAUGAAGAUAACCCUAUGGGCGAACAAGUACGAUCUUUCUGUCAAUAAGGGUGUCGAGCAGGGACUUCAUCUCAACAUGGCGAGGAAAUUGGAGCCAAAUGUGGUGUGCGAUCAUUCAGAGGCCAUUUGGGAAGCGUUUCGCAGCAACCGCGAUAAUGACUCUAUUGCAUAUGUGCUAGACAACGCAGGAUACGAGCUAUUCUGCGACCUUUGCCUCUCUGAUAUGCUCACCACCAAAGGACUCACCUCUCACGUUACCUUCCAUAUGAAAUCCAUGCCUAGUUACGUGUCCGACGUGACCAAGAACGACGCAACUUGGAUGAUACAAACGCUGAAGAAGCACGUCGAUCCUCAUCUCCGUUGUCUGGGACAACGUUGGGACGAGUAUUUGGCCAACAAGACCUGGGAAUUCGAGGACAGCCCCUUUUGGCACCUACCCCUCGACUUCACAACCAUGACGACGUACGCCCCCGAGCUGUACAACCGGCUCGCCUCGGCGAAUCUGAUCAUCUUCAAGGGAGACCUAAACUACCGAAAGUUGUUCGGCGACAUCAACUGGGAUCCCAACACUCCAGUCGAUCAGGGACUCAGGGGUUUCCUUCCGGCGAAACUGUGCGUUCUGAGGACCAUAAAGUAUGGCGUUAUAUGCGGCAUACCGGAUGACGUGGCCGACAAGUGUAUGAGAGCUGACGUGAAUUGGAAGGAGUCUGGUAAUUACGGUGUAAUACAGUAUUGCGACACCAUAUACGUCGAGCCACCCCAAGAGGAGAUGGUGUUCCCCCCUGAUCCAGGCGCGGAGGGUGGAAGCGCACCGUUUGAAGCGACGGAAGGGGAAGAAAUCGAAGAAGACGGACCACCAGCCGGUGGGGGAGAUUUGGGAGAAUCGGGUAAGAACGAAGAGAAGAAAGCAGAGGCGACGACGUAGCUCAGGUAAUAGCUGGGAUGGUUGGGCAAACGGCGCAAGAAGUUGACAAUGAAUGGGGGGAGGAAAACCAACCGGAAUCAACACAUGUAGAUGAGCUAGAAGGUCAACCGAGUGAAUUUGAGGCUAGGGAAGAGGAGGUA